AUGAGCUUUAACCAAUUAGAAGAUGAAAGGAGAUUUUAUCGAUGUCUUGACAUGAAACACAUUGCUUCUCGACGACAAGUCGACCAGGCACGCCAUAGUUUUGAUGUCGACGUCGAAAACCUUAACAUGAAAGUUGGAGAUCGUGAAAUAUUCGGGUGCCGUGUUAAAAACGUCAAGGAUCUAAUCUCAUCUCGCCUUGAAGCUCAGAUUCGACAUGGCUCUUGGUCUAUAAACGACACAGAUAGUAUUGAAAUUUGUGUAAUGGCCGACCAUGGGCAGGGGACGACAAAGAUGGCAAUUGCCAUGAAUACUUUAAGACACCCCAAUAAGUUUUGUUCCAUUUCAACACUGGGUAUCUACGGAGAAAAUGAAGAUCGCGAACUUUUCCUUCAUUUUUUUGGUCAAAUCCUCGCCCAAUUGGAGGAAAUCAACGACUCAUUGUUGACUCUGAAUCAUAAAACUUACAAAGUUGAAGUCACGAUGACCUCCGACUUAAAAUGCGCAAAGAUGAUGCUAGGAAUCAAGGGUGGGAACGCCGAACAUUAUUGCAUCUUUUGCAACGCCUCCUACGUUUCAACUUGUGGCCAACUGGACCUCAGUUUGGGGUCAACAACACCACGAAUGUUCGGUAUAAAUCCUGCGGUAGAUCAGGAGCACGAUCCUCUUAUUAAAAUCGAUGUCAAAAACAUUCGAAUUCCAACAUUACACGUGGGAAUGGGCAUAGUAAAUCGAAUUAUUAAGUAUAUGGAAGAUCAAAUUAAUAAAUUUGAGCGGUUUUCAAUGCCUCCUGACUUUCUCCGUGAUGACGACAAAGAAGUGACCACUAAAAUUGCAACAAGACUAACAACGCUUGAAGAGGAAGAGGAAAGUGCCGUGUAUAAAGUUGAGGGAUGGAACUACAUUUACCAUGUAUUAAACACUAAAGCCGUUACCGUAGAAAUUGUUCACCCAUCCUUCGCAGUGCCCGUCAACUCUUUAGAACAGUGUGCCGUUCCUGAUUGCAUCGUCAGGCAAUUCAAAGUAAAUUCUCUUUCAUGUGGUGCCAACAAUCCUGUCAGCACACAUGCUUACAUAAAAGAACUUAAAUAA